AUGAAUUUGCGACAUUUUGUACAAACGUCCAAUUUUUUCUUGAGAAAUGUCCGAAAUUACUCGACUAGAUCUGCAGUAGACCCAGUUAUUAGUCCAAAAGAAUCAUCAAACAACGAAACGAAUCAGACAGAGGCUCAAACUCAUUUUGGCUUUAAAUAUAUCCCGGAAAGUGCAAAGGAGACACUAGUCGGUCAAGUAUUUGCGAAUGUUGCAUCGAAUUAUGACUUGAUGAAUGAUGCAAUGAGUAUCGGUGUCCAUCGUCUAUGGAAAGAUCAUUUUAUACGUUCGUUGGCACCUGGUCCAGGCACUAAAUUAAUCGAUGUAGCAGGCGGAACAGGUGAUAUCGCACUUGGUUUUCUCAAUUAUUGCAAGGAGAUUCAUGGAGAUCAGUCAGCGCACGUAACUGUUCUUGAUAUAAAUCCUAAUAUGCUUGAAGUUGGAAAAAAACGAUUUGCAAAGACUGUGUAUGACAAAGCUUCUCAAGUCUCGUUUAAAGUUGGGAAUGCUGAACAACUUGAUUACCCUUCGAAUUCCUUUGACGCGUACACGAUCGCGUUUGGUAUACGAAACUGCACCCACAUUGAUAAGGUAUUGAAAGACGCAUAUCGAGUCUUGAAACCAGGCGGGAGAUUUAUGUGCCUUGAAUUCGGAAAAGUAGAGAAUCCUAUUCUCUCUCCACUUUAUAAUUUAUAUUCGUUUCAAGUGAUUCCGAUGCUAGGACAAAUAAUAGCUGCCGAUAGAGACUCGUAUCAAUAUCUUGUGGAAAGUAUUCGUCAGUUUCCUCCGCAACCAGAGUUUGCUAGAAUGGUGCGUGAUGCUGGGUUUACUUUGGUUGGUAAGGGUUGGGAAGAUCUCACUUUUGGCGUAGCAGCAAUUCACUCGGGAUUCAAAUUAUAA